GCACAUUUGUGAAUAAACCCUUAGGGAUUUUUUUUUUUUACAAAAAUUUUGCUAACCUUUAUAUUAUCCAGUUUAUGGUCUAUCACUUUUUUUCUCCGCGACCACUUGACAGUUUUCCGAGAAUUAUAAGAAAACUAUUUUUCAAUUUACUCUCUAAACGAGUUUAUAGAUUUACUGAAAAAUCGAAAAUGGUGAAUCCAGUAGAAUUUGUGAAAAAUGCAAUUGAAGAAAAUGAGGUGAUGAUUUUUUCAAAAAAUGGUUGUCCAUUCUGCACAAAAGCAAAAAUGUGUUUCGAUAAAUUAAAUAAACCAUAUAAAGCCGUUGAUAUUGACGAAAUGGAGGAAUGCGAUGAGAUUCAAGAUGUUUUAGGAUCAUUAACACCGGCACGCACUGUACCAAGAGUAUUUGUUAAUGGCAAAUUUAUUGGCGGUGGCAGCGAUGUUGAAAAGAAAUUCAAAAGCGGAGAACUCAAAAAAAUAUUGGGACUUUAAAAAAAAAAAAAAAAUUUUUUUUGUUAAUUUAUUUUUUUUCUUAUGUUUUCCCACAAUUUUAUAAUUUCAAAAAAAAAAAAAAUUGUAUUUUAAAUAUUAACGAAAAAAAAAAUGUUCAGUAAAAAUAUAUAUAUUAUGAUUAUAAUUUAAAAAAUUAAUGUUUCAAAAAAUAAAUAUAUAUAUCAAAUUUAACAAA